CAAUGGCGCAUAUCACAGAAGUAUUAGUUUCUCUUUAUAAAACUGAUUGUGAAGGCGAGGAAAAAUUGUGCAUUUUUCACCCCAUCUCAUAAAAAACCUAACAACAUCAUCAUGGAGCUGAAAUUUCCUAAGGAAAUUUUCACAGCCAUAUUCUUGUUGUCAUAUGUUGACAAUUCGAUCGGCCUAUCAACGCUAACAACCCUCGGCUCGUCCAUCGAAGAAUGGGCUACACACGUUUGGGAUAAGAUAAAGCAGGACACAUAUGAUCAUCUCUGGGAAGGCUCCGUAGAUGGCUUAUCAUAUUCUGUACAUUCAUUUGACAGAAUUGGUAAAUUUAUGCUCAUUGAAUUUCAAGAAAUCAACGAUUUUGAAAAUCUUCUCAAGAAGCGUGUCCUGAAGGGGGCUAUGGUGGUGAAUGAAUGCAUGACACAAGAUGAUGUUUUCAAUACGGGAAUAUCGAAGUUGUUGAAACAUACAGAUGCCAUUGAUCGUAUCACCCAGGAAUUAGAAAAUGCGCUGGCACUCGAUUUUUUACUUUCACAACAAUUGUGCUCGUGGGCAAAAUCAGUUGUUGAUGGGGAACGAAUGUUGAAGGAGAUACAGCUGAUUCACCGAAUGUUUUCUACAAGUAAAUGCAGUAUACUGCUAAAUUUAGCGAAGCUAAAAUUCAUGAAAGCGGCUAGUACCUACACAUUUUGUGGUAAGGGAUAUUCACCAUAUGACUACAUUCACACAAUCUACGAUUUGAUCGUAUCAGUGGAGAAGAAGGCUCAUCUUGUUGGAAUUUUCUCUCAUCAUCUUCUGCAUGUGCACAAUGGCACAGCCCUACAAUGCCAAUAUAGCCGAUCCGAUUCUACGCGGGAAAUCAAGGCGUUGCAUUCCCAAUUUCUAACUCGUAUCCAAAAAUAUAAUGAUCUGUUUACCAACAGCUUAAAGACUGCAGUAAAAGAAUUUCAGGCUUGCGAUGAUACUAUGAACUCUUUCGAGAGGGACGUAACGUAUUUUGAAUUGGAAGGCGCCAUACAAGGAUACUUGCAAAAAAAUUCAUUGGGCUCUUUGGUCCAGGAUAUUCCCGGCACUUGUGACCUCAUGAGCGGGGGACACGAUCAACCAAAAAACUGUGAUCGUGUAACGAAUUUUUGCGCGACUCCACUCAAAUAUCCUUGCAUGGGUUACAUUACCGGUUGCAAGGAUCUACAGCCAAUUUCUCGUCAAGCAUGUUUAACGACUCGACGACCACGAAGAUACGAUUUUUUCGCAACUGCAACUUCUUCUCCGCCGAAAUUUUGUCUAUAUGAGCUAGAGGACCUCAGCUCGACGUGUUUAUGUACAUGUGUGGACAAUGACGUGAAUUCCAUGUCAACGCAUCUCUUCAACUUGCAACCGGUUGAGGCUGAUACAGCUAAAAACAAGGUGGUAACUGGCAUCAGAUUUAUAGUGCACAAGAGAAUAAUGCACUUGCAAAUUCAGCAAGGACGAUUGGGGGAUGAUUGGCGGAUCGAUGGACCAGCAGAGUGGAAACCGAUUAAUGACAUUAGUGAGGAAAUACGUGCGCAAAGAUUGGGGGUGAAAUUACGAGGAAAACCGCCUGCAGUUCGACGAGGGGUGGAUUACGCUGUUGUCGAAGAGGGAACGGCAUUGAAUUUAGAUUUGUUGAUAGCUCCUAAUGGUCAUGUUCUCACUGGAGUUAAAUUUGAGUUAGCUCCGACGGGGGUGGUAAAAUCCCAGAGAAUCCAGAUCGCGAUAUUAUCAAGACCAUUCGAUGCUUUAUUGGGACAGUGGAGUCGUGAUCAAACUACGUCUAUAAUUAUGAGCCCGCGCGAUAGGAGGAGGACCGAGUUCGUGUAUCCCAAGGGGAAGAUAGAGGAGCCAGAAAUGCGGACCAAAGAAUCAGUAAAGGAUCAAUUCGUUUCAAUCACAACUUCAAAUAUGGAAAAUGAUUGGGGGCAAGUGACAUUACCAUAUUUUGACGGAAAACCGGUGGCAUCUGAUCCGCCUACUGCACUCGGAGGUGUUAAAAUGUUUUAUAAAUAUGGAGGGGAAUUCCCCGGGUUCGUCGCGUUGAAGUGUAUUUCUCUUAAUUAUGGUUACUUUAUGGAUAAGUUUAGAUAUUCUUCAGAAAAGGUUUAUCAGAUGUCGGGGAAUUGAUAAUAUAAUUUUAUGCCGUUUAAUGAUGAAUGAAAAUAACAUUUGCAAUUAUUUUUCAAUAAAAAUGAUUUUUUAAUAUUA